AUGCCGUUAAGCGGCUGCACGAAUGGGUUGGUGGUGACGGCGCUGGUGACGCUGUUGCUGCUGCCGGCACAGUACUACAUACCAGACCUGUAUUUGAGUCCAAAGGAACAUAUCUCGGAAUCUCUAUCACUGUCUUCGGUCACUGACAGUCAUAGCAUCACAGAACCUUGGUUUUCUCUAGAUUUCAAUAUAGUCGACUUGUUUCUCACGUUAUGUCUAUUGUCACUAGCCGUUUUUAUUUAUUUGUGCGAUUGGAUACAGAGAAAACUAAUGGAAAGAAGAAUUAUUAAGUUAAAUCGUUACCUGUGCGAAUGUUUGGAGAAGUUGCGAGGAUGGGACGCUCGCCAGGAGAAGUUGGAGACGACCCUAAGGAUGGUACAGAACGCUACGUCAGAGUACAACCUACUGUUACUGCUGGUGUUGAGACGACAACGCCUGGCGCCUGCACGGGCCAGCUGCGACAAGGACCUGGAAGACUUCAACAUGAACUUGGACACCAACCCCGCCCUGUACCGAGCGACCGCUCUGUAG